AUAUUCCCCCGGAAGGAUUAUGAGGUUACGCUGUUCGCGGAUUAGCGCUGCGGCGUAUGGGUCGCUCUUUUGUUUACAUCAGUUUUCCAUUUAUUCAGAGUCCUCUGGACCUCCAGAACAAAGCGUGUGAAUAUGUGAUAGUAUUCAUGUGACCUGUGGAAGCAGACGUAUUACCAGUCACUACAUUAGUGCAAGUUUGGUGUGAAAACAUGUUCACCGCUACCCAAACCUCCAAAACCCAGUUCCUGGAUAAAGCCAGAAUAGCUCGGGAGGAAAGGAAAGGUUAUAAAGAGAAAGAGAAAGCUGCAUCACAAAUCCAGGCUCUGGUCAGAAGAUUUCUCUGCCGUUGCAGACUGCAAAGAGAAAUAAGGAAAGAGGUGGAUGACUUCAUUGCGGUCAGCGAUGCAGGUUCAACAAAAAGAAAUGCAUUGUCCAUCUUCAAAAUCACUAGAAAAUUAUUAUUUAUAUUGAGCAAGGAUGAUAAAUUGAGGUUUGAGAAGCUGUGUAGAAUCAUACUAAGUAGCAUGGAUGUGGAGAACGAACCUAAAGUAUGGUAUGUGUCCCUGGCCCUUUCAAAAGAUCUCACCAUCCCCUGGCUGAAACAGAUCAAAGAUGUCCUCUGGGUCUCUUGUGAAUUUCUGAAAAAGCUGAGGCCUGACAUACUGCAAGAUAAUAAAUUAGUGACUCUGUACCUGACAAUGCUGAUAACCUUCACUGACACAUCGACGUGGAAAAUCAUCCGAGGGAAGGGAGAGGCCCUCAAGCCUGCUUUAAACAGAAUUUGUGAGAACAUCAUGGGACAUCUCAAUCAGAAGGGCUUCUACUCUGUUCUUCAGAUUCUACUUACAAAUGGCUUGGCAAGAUCCAGACCUGCCCUUUCCAAAGGAACCCUCACGGCCAUUUUUACGCUGUCACUCAGGCCUGUUAUCGCUGCACAUUUCUCAGACAACCUGCUGAGGUCUUUCCUUCUCCACAUCAUGUCUGUUCCAGCAUUCAUCUCGCACCUCAACACACUCACUCCAGAUUGUAUGGUCACCAUCCAAACCCAUGACCUUUUCCGCAAGUUUGUCUUGUUUUUAAGUCGAGAGGAGCAGUGCUUGGAUAUCUGUGUUUGUCUGGAAGGAAGCCACACUCUGUGCUUACUGGGUAACCUCAUUCAGCUGGGAUAUUUUAAUGUGAAAGUUUUAGAGCAGGAAGCAGGUCACUUUGUCAAGGAUCUGACAGAUAUGUUGUCAUACUCUCAGAGAUAUGUGUCUCAGAAGAAAUCCAAUCUGACACACUGGCACCCUGUGUUGGGCUGGUUCUCCCAGACUGUUGACUAUGGGCUUAAUGAGUCUAUGCCGUUGGUAACGAAGCAGUUACAGUGUCUGUGGGGAGUUCCAGUGAUCUGCACUCUCUUCUGUGAUGUUCUCAGCAAGAAGCUAGAAACUCAAGAUCCCACUCCACUUCCCCCUCCUCCGCCAAGCUCAUCACAGAAUAAUCUGCCUGUCAAGAAUCUGUUCAAGCGAGCGUUCCAGAAGUCUGCAUCCGUGCGGAACAUCCUGAAGCCGGUCGGAGGGAAGCGUGUGGAUUCGGCUGAGGUCCAGAAGGUGUGCAGUAUUUGUGUGCUGUAUCAGACGGCCCUCACCACACUCACACAGAUCCGCCUGCAGAUUCUCACAGGACUGACGUAUCUGGAUGAGCUGCUGCCUAAGCUGUGGGCAUUCAUCUGUGAGCUUGGCCCUCAGGGGGGUCUCCGACUCUUCCUGGAGUGUCUCAAUAAUGACACGGAAGAGUCCAAACAGCUUCUGGCCAUGCUGAUGCUCUUCUGUGACUGCUCCAGACAUCUCAUCACGAUUCUGGAUGACAUCGAGGUGUAUGAGGAACAGAUUUCUUUUAAAAUGGAAGAGCUUGUGACCAUCUCCUCGUUCCUAAACACAUUCGUUUACAAGAUGGUCUGGGAUGGUAUUUUAGAGAAUGCCAAAGGAGAGAAGCUGGAUUUAUUCCACAGUGUUCACGGCUGGCUGAUGGUUCUGUAUGAGCGUGACUGUCGCAGGAGAUUCACACCUGAAGAUCACUGGCUCCGCAAGGAUUUGAAGCCCAGCCUGUUGUUUCAAGAGCUGGAGAAGGGCAAAAAAAGAGCACAGCUGCUACUUCAGUACAUUCCUCAUGUCAUCCCACAUAAAAAUAGGGUGCUGCUCUUCCGGAACAUCGUGACAAAAGAGAAGGAGACUCUAGGAUUGGUGGAAACAAGCUCCGCCUCUCCCCACGUGACUCAUAUAACCAUUCGCCGCUCGCGCAUGUUAGAGGAUGGUUAUGAUCAACUGCGGCGUCUGCCUGUCAACUCCAUUAAGGGAGUGAUCCGAGUGAAGUUUGUGAAUGAUUUAGGCGUAGACGAGGCUGGAAUUGACCAGGACGGUGUGUUUAAAGAGUUCUUAGAAGAGAUCAUCAAGAAGGUUUUCAACCCAGCUCUCAAUCUGUUUAAGACCACUAGUGGGAAUGAGAGGUUAUAUCCCUCCCCAACCUCCAGCAUCCACGAGAACCACCUUCAGCUGUUUGAAUUUGUUGGAAAGAUGCUCGGAAAGGCCAUGUAUGAAGGCAUAGUAGUGGACGUGCCAUUCGCCUCUUUCUUCCUCAGUCAGGUUUUGGGUCACCAUCACAGCACCUUCUACAGCUCCAUAGAUGAGCUGCCCUCUCUUGACUCCGAGUUCUACAAAAACCUCACCUCCAUUAAGCGUUAUGAUGGGGAUGUCAGUGAUUUGGGUCUGACUUUGUCUUAUGAUGAAGAGGUGAUGGGGCAGUUAGUCUGUCAUGAGCUAAUACCUGGUGGAAAGACCAUGCCUGUCACUAAUGAAAACAAGAUCAGCUAUAUCCACCUGAUGGCCCACUUUCGUAUGCACACCCAGAUCAAGGAGCAGACGGCCGCAUUCAUCAGGGGCUUUCGCAGCAUUAUCAACCCAGAGUGGCUUCACAUGUUCUCCACCCCUGAGGUCCAGAGGCUCAUCUCUGGAGACAACGCUGAGAUAGACCUGGAUGAUCUCAAGAAGCACACGGUGUACUACGGAGGUUUCCAUAGCAGCCACAGAGUCAUUCUUUGGCUGUGGGACAUUCUCUCCAGCGACUUUUCCCCUGAGGAGAGAGCCAUGUUCUUGAAGUUUGUCACCAGCUGCUCAAGACCUCCUUUGCUUGGAUUUGCCUACCUCAAACCCCCUUUCUCCAUCCGUUGUGUGGAAGUGUCAGAUGAUCAGGACACAGGCGACACUUUAGGUAGCGUUCUGCGUGGAUUUUUUACCAUUCGUAAGAAGGAGCCAGGCGGUCGCCUCCCUACAUCCUCCACUUGUUUCAACCUGCUCAAACUGCCCAACUACAGCAAGAAGAGCAUCCUCAGAGACAAACUCCGCUACGCAAUCAGCAUGAACACUGGCUUUGAGCUUUCAUAACACAACAAGUUUAUUCCAUCCCAUACAAACUCGUACAUCUACGAAUACAAAAACUGGCAGUGGCUGAGCUAAAGUGGCUUCACAAAGGUUGAAGUUGAAACCUAAUGAUUUCAAUCUUGCUUCGUUGACAUUUUGGCUUUCAGCCAAGGCCCCUAAACUUGAGUUGCUCAAGGAGAAUUUUGUUCAUCAGUCUUAUCUACCAAAUGGCAAGUGAAUUAAGCAACAUACAAACAUGUCCAUUCAGACUUAGAGACUUGAAGAAGCUCAACCAUAGAAGUAUAUUAAAAACUCUUGAACAUUACCUACAGAGUUGUUUUUUGAACCACUUAAAGAUCCAUAUUUAGUGUCAUGUUCUUCAUUCCCAGCAUUUGAAGCC